GGGGAACAAUCGUGGAGACUUUGCCAGGGAGCCACCUCAAAGCAUAUCGGGUUACUUUGAGUGACAGCGUAACCAUGGCAAAUAAUUUGACUAAGGCUAUUGUUUUAUCCUCGCCAUCCCCGGGUCAGAUAACCGACCAAUCAGAGUUCAUAUAAUCGCUCGUCUUGCCAGCUUAGAAUAAUAUUAUUAAAACGAGGCAGCGAGCCCGGUCUGCGGGAGUAGGUUAUGUUGAAACGGUGUAGAAAAGGUGGAGGAGGGCGGCCGAAAGGAGACGCAACUUUCUCUCUUUCUCACCGACUAUAUGAGGAUUUGUCGCCCGGGGUUCUGCACGGCUAAAUGGACUUGAGCGCGCUCCGCAGUACGCAGUUGGAUAUAUCACACCUAACCCUGGGGCUGUUUUAACUUUUAGUUUGCUCUUUUUGAGGACCUUUUGUCGCCUGUGGACUUUACGCGUUUUGAUUUGAUGUGAGACUGAGACGGCGGGCGUGGAAGUAAGGCACGAUACCAUCUCGACCGAUUUCCGUUGUCGCCAUGUCCAUGCUCCCGACGUUUGGUUUUACGCAGGAGCAAGUGGCGUGCGUUUGCGAAGUUCUCCAGCAAGGGGGGAACAUCGAGCGGCUGGGGCGCUUCCUCUGGUCCCUGCCGGCGUGCGAGCACCUCCACAAAAACGAGAGCGUCCUCAAAGCGAAAGCCGUGGUCGCUUUCCACCGGGGGAACUUUCGAGAGCUCUACAAGAUCCUGGAGAGCCACCAGUUCUCGCCGCACAACCACCCGAAGCUGCAGCAGCUGUGGCUCAAAGCGCACUACAUCGAGGCGGAGAAGCUGCGGGGCCGUCCGCUCGGGGCCGUGGGGAAGUACCGCGUCCGGAGAAAGUUCCCCCUGCCGCGCUCCAUCUGGGACGGAGAGGAGACCAGCUACUGCUUCAAGGAGAAGAGCAGGAGCGUGCUGCGGGAGUGGUACACCCACAACCCGUACCCGUCCCCGCGGGAGAAGAGGGAGCUGGCCGAGGCCACGGGACUCACCACCACGCAAGUCAGCAACUGGUUCAAGAACCGCCGGCAGCGGGACCGGGCAGCGGAGGCGAAGGAGAGGGAAAACAACGAGAACUCCAACGGCAAUAGUCACAACCCAUUGACUUCUUCCAUGAAUGGAAAUAAAUCUCUUUUGGGGAGCUCAGACGACGAUAAAAGCCCCUCCGGGACACCGGACCACACGUCCUCGAGCCCGGCUCUGCUGCUCGGCUCAAACUCCGGGCUACAGUCCCUGCACGGCCUCGGGCCCCCGCCGGGGCCCAGCGCCAUCCCGGUACUCGGCGGCGUGGACUCGGUGCACCACCACCACUCGCUGCACCACGACACCAUACUGAACCCUAUGUCUUCGAAUCUAGUGGACCUCGGCUCUUAAAAAAAAAACGACAACGAAUGGGAAAAGAGAGCAAAGCU